AUGUUUAGAGAAGAUCGUGAAAAGCCAGCCUCCAUAGACUCCAACGUUCCCACUCGAUCAGCAUACGAAAUGCUUUCGAAUACCAUCGCCUAUCUCAUCCACAGCCAAGAGUUGCCUGGUCGUAUCCGCGCAGAAGUUGCCCCAGCCGUAUAUAUCGAUGGAGAAACCGUGAAUCUUAAGUAUCUUACAGAGAAAUGUCCACGCCUCGAAGCUCUAGAUCUCUUCAACGAAGUUCUGAGAGUAAAUUCGGCAGAUGCACUUGCACAUGAAGUCAUCGCGCCCAUAUUAUUCGAUGGGAAGAUGCUUCUGGAAGGUACCAAAUUUAUGAUUUCAUACUGUCAACUUCAUCUUGAUGAAGCAGUGUGGGGUCCAAGCACUACUUUGACCUUGACCUGGAAAGAUUUCUUAGGGAUAAAAGCCUUUCAUGCCAUCCGAGUUUUCGACCAUUCGGAGGUGGCUCUUCUAUUUGGUCGAUAUGAAGUUGCUUUUGAUACUGAUGCCACCAAUCGAGAAUUUCCAUACCUUGAUGACAGGACGGCAGGACUUGGAACAAUGGCAGCAAUGCCUGGGCCAGAUAUAAAAUUGGUCAUAUAG